AUGUUCUCUGUCACCAACCCGAACCAACAGGCCCCCGUCACCAACGCAUGUCACCAACACCACCAACUGGCCUUCGUCAUCAACCCCACCAAAUGGCCCCCGUCACAAACCCCACCAACUGGCCCCCAUCACCAACGCCUGUCACCAACACCACCAACUGGCCCCCGUCACCAACCCCACCAACUGGCCCCCGUCACAAACCCCACCAACAGGCCCCCGGAACAAACACCACCAACUGGCCCCCGGAACAAACACCACCAACUGGCUGCCGUCACCACCCAGCCCCCGUCACCAACCCCACCAACAGGCCCCCGUCACCAACACCACCAACUGCCCCCUGUCACAAACCCCACCAACAGGCCCCCGUUACAAACCCCACCAACCAGCCCCCGUCACAAACCCCACCAACAGGCCCCCGGAACAAACACCACCAACUGGCCCCCAUCACCAACACCACCAACUGGCCCCCAUCACCAACUCCACCAACCGGCCCCCGUCACAAACCCCACCAACCGGCCCCCGUCUCCAACCCCACCAACCGGCCCCCGUCACAAACCCCACCAACUGGCCCCCAUCACCAACCCCACCAACAGGCCCCCGGAACAAACACCACCAACUGGCCCCCGUCACCAACACCACCAACUGGCCCCCGUCACCAACCCCACCAACCGGCCCCCGUCACCAAACCCCACCAACUGGCCCCCAUCACCAACCCCACCAACUGGCCCCCAUCACCAACCCCACCAACUGGUCCCCGUCACAAACCCCACCAACUGGCCCCCGUCACCAACCCCACCAACUGGCCCCAGUCACAAACCCCACAAACUGGCCUCCGUCACAAACCCCACCAACUGGCCUCCGUCACAAACCCCACCAACUGACCCCCGUUACCAACCCCACCAACUGACCCCGUCACAAACCCCACCAACUGGCCCCCGUCACAAACCCCACCAACCGGCCCCCGUCAUCAACCCCACCAACCGGCCCCCGUCACCAACCCCAACAACUGGCCCCUGUAUAAAAAAAACACCACCCAGCCCCCGUCACCAACCCCACCAACUGGCCCCCCCCCCGUCACAAACCCCACCAACUGGCCCCCGUCACCAACACCACCAACUGGCCCCCAUCACCAACUCCACCAACCGGCCCCCGUCACAAACCCCACCAACCAGCCCCCAUCACCAACCCCACCAACCGGCCCCCGUCACAAACCCCACCAACUGGCCCCCAUCACCAACCCCACCAACAGGCCCCCGGAACAAACACCACCAACUGGCCCCCGUCACCAACACCACCAACUGGCCCCCGUCACCAACCCCACCAACCAGCCCCCGUCACAAACCCCACCAACCGGCCCCCAUCACCAACCCCACCAACUGGCCCCCGUCACAAACCCCACCAACUGGCCCCCAUCACCAACCACACCAACUGGCCUCCGUCACAAACCCCACCAACUGGCCUCCGUCACAAACCCCACCAACUGACCCCCGUCACCAACCCCACCAACUGACCCCCGUCACAAACCCCACCAACUGGCCCCCAUCACAAACCCCACCAACCGGCCCCCAUCACCAACCCCACCAACUGGCCCCCGUCACAAACCCCACCAACUGGCCCCCAUCACCAACCACACCAACUGGCCUCCGUCACAAACCCCACCAACUGGCCUCCGUCACAAACCCCACCAACUGA